CACUGCUUGCCAUGAUACUCGCGAUGCGCCGGGAGGAGGUACCGGUAGGUCAACCGUCAUCAACGUCUGCGUCAACCUGCGAACAGAAGCUGCCAGCCACGAGAAUGAGACGAAGGCAAGGCAACAUCAUUCGGCACGCUCUUCACAGAAAGACCGACCACCACAUGACGCGCGGUCUUGAGUCCCUUCCCUUCCCUUGCCAUGGACGAGCAAAUGUGUGCCUGCGCCUGCGCCUGCGCCUGCAAGCUUUCCGCUCCGCUCCGCCCCGCCCACCGCCUCUCUGUCGCCUCCAUAGCAUUUGCUUGUUGGGCCGGUGCUCAGAACUCGAGAGAAUUGGAUCCGCGGAACCGGGAAACGGAAACGCUAGAAUAGGCCUUGGUCAAGGUGCAUCUACUGCUUAUUCUUAACACUCCUCCACGACUGCCAAAUGCGUGUCUAAGACUCCUCGCCCAGUCAGAGCAUGUCCGGGUCCGCCUCCACCUCCCUCAGAACCCCUGAGCAGCUCAUCCAGGAGAGACGCAAUAGUCAGCAACGCACAUCUGAGCAGAUCCGCGCGAAGGCCUGGACUCGCACGGCUUCGACAACCUCAUAUCGCAGUCUGCACCUUUCCGAGGACAGCCCUACUGAAAUUGAGAGGUCGAGAACUCCCAGCAACAGCGACCAUCAACUGCGAGAAUGGCAAGAUCCAUCACACGAGCAGCAUCUCAUGGACCCAGGUCAAUUUUGCGAGCUUCCAGUAUGUCAGCCAUGCGAAGAUGCCUGUCACCGCUAUCGGGC